AUGUUCCUCGCACCGAUUAUUUUGUGUUUGGUUCUGCUGGCACUGCUUGUCAGUUCUUUGAGAAAAAGAGGACGAUUUUGGGAAUGUCUGGCGCCGAUUCCCCAACCACCGGCAUAUCCCAUCAUUGGGAAUUUGUUCGAUAUCAUGCGAACCCCAGAACAACUGUUUCUGGCUGAACGCGAACGUGGUCUCAAGUAUUACCCCAUUUAUAAGCUCGACGUCUGUGGUAACGGGGGCGUUAAUCUUCUCAAUCCCGAAGACGUUGAAUUGGUUUUAACUGAUACAAAGCAAAAUACCAAAAGUUUUAUUUAUCACUUCUUGCACUCCUGGUUGGGCACCGGGCUUUUGACCAGUGCCGGUCCUAAAUGGCAAAAUCGGAGAAAAAUCCUUACACCGGCUUUCCAUUUUAACAUUUUGCAAGAGUUUAUCCAAAUCUUCAAUGAAGAGACCAAAAGAUUGGUUGAAGACUUGGAAGCAGAAUGCCACAAGCCAUACAUUGAUGUAGUGGUUCCAAUCACCCAAUUUACUCUAUUAUCAAUUGGAGAAACUGCGAUGGGAAUCAAAUUGAACGCCUCCGACAACGAUAAAGACGGCUACAAAAGAGCCGUUUACAAAAUUGGCCAACUCCUCACCUACCGUGCCCCUCGGCCCUGGAUUUACAAUGAAACCAUCUACUCCCUCACCCCACAAGGUCGCAAAGAGCAAAAAGUCCUAAAAUCCCUUCACUCUUUCUCCAAUAACGUGAUCGCCGAACGCAAAAAACAUUUCUCCUCCUCCUCUUACUCCUCCCGAAAACGUCUCGCAAUGCUGGACCUUCUCCUCAAAUACAAAUCUGAAGGGGCAAACAUCGACGACGAGGGAAUUCGGGAAGAAGUUGAUACUUUCAUGUUUGAAGGUCACGACACGACUUCUGUGUCUAUCUGUUACACUUUGAUGCUUUUGGCGAAUCAUCGUGAAGUCCAGGAGGAGAUCCUAAAGGAAAUGGAGGCGGUCCUUGAUGAGGAACCUCCAACUUAUGCCAAACUCCAGGAACUGAAGUUCAUGGACAGAGUGAUUAAAGAGAGUUUGAGGUUGUACCCCAGCGUGCCUUUUAUUUCUCGAGUCUCAGGGAGUGAGAUCCAGACGAAGACGGGGUACACGAUCCCGAAGGACUGUAUGGUCAAUUUACAGAUUUAUGACAUGCAUCAUAAUCCCAAUGUGUUUCCUGAUCCUGAGAAGUUUGAUCCUGAUCGGUUCCUUCCGGAGAACAUUCAGAAGAGGCAUCCUUUCGCCUAUAUUCCGUUCAGCGCAGGAUCCAGGAAUUGUAUCGGACAAAAGUUUGCAAUGUUAGAGAUAAAAACUGUCCUUUGUGGGAUUUUGAAGAAGUUUAUCCUCGAAGCUGUCGAUACUCGCAAAGAUAUGGCGUUCGUUUCAGAUUUAGUGCUGCGUCCUAAAGGCAGCAUCAAGGUCAAGUUUGUCCCCAGAUGUGCAAAUUAAGCCAUGACAGUCAUUUUUUUAUCAAUGAGUAAUUUAUUUGUGUUGUGAUCUCUUCU